AUGGCCGGAAGUCAGAAGAAAUCGACGAAGAAGUUCGAGAAGAAGCAUUUGAAAGAUACCCUCGAGCGGCGCAAGGCCUCCGCGAAGAUCAAGCAGCGGAUCCAUCUCAAGGAAAAACGCAAGGCCGACAAUGCUCGCCGAGCCGAGAAUGAGGAUGUCGAGCAGGAGGAUCCCGAGGAGGUGAAGAAGCAGAAUGCAUUCGCGGAGAUGAACGUUGACGACUUCUUCGCCGGCGGUUUCGACAUCGCAGAUGCCGACGCCGAUUCGAGCAAGAAAGCGCGGAAGAAGGACGUUACUCCGAAGAUUGGCAAGCGCAAGCGUUCGGACGGCACACAGGCAGAAGAGGAUGAUGCCUCGUCGACGGCUUCCAGUGGAGCGGAGGAGGACGGUGCAGCAUCCGAUGAUGAUGCGGCGUCUCAGGCUAGCAGUGACGCGGAUGAUUUUGAGGCUCACAAGGAUCAGCUUGAAGCGCUGAAGCAGAAGGAUCCUGAGUUCUACAAGUAUCUGAAGGAGAAUGAUUCAGAGCUGCUGGAUUUCGGUGAUCAUGGAGACCUCGCGGAGGUUGACGAGCUGAGCGAGGCCGAGGAGGUGGAAGGACCCGCCAAGAAAAAGAAGAAGGCAGCAAAGGGCGAGGACGAGGAGGCCGAAGCCGUGGAUAACACACUCAAUAUCGCGAUGGUCAAGAAGUGGCAGAAAUUGAUGGAGGAACAGAACUCGAUCCGCGCCAUGCGGCAAGUCGUGCUCGCUUUCCGCUGUGCGGCCUACAUCAACGAAGCCGAAACGCAAGAGCAGAAAUACUCGAUCUCGGACCCCGAUGUGUACCACCAGGUCCUUGUAACCGCGCUGGGUACUGUUCCCAAGACGUUAGCACACCACCUUCCCGUGAAGGAAACCGCCUCUGGAAAGGUGAAGGUGUCGCUGGAUUCGAAGAAGUUCAAGACCCUCACAUCGCUCAUCAAGUCGCAUACAUCGUCGGUCCACCAGCUGCUCGUCAACCUUUCCGAUGCGUCGACGCUGAAGCUCACACUCUCGUCCAUCGAACCCAUGCUCCCCUACCUGCUGCAGUUCCGCAAGCUCCUCAAAGUCCUCAUCAAGACCAUUGUCGGCAUUUGGGCCGAUGUUUCGACUUCCGAGGCGACCCGGAUCACGGGUUUCCUUCUCCUGCGUCGCCUCAUGGUGAUCGGCGACUCCGGGCUCAAGGAGACCGUUCUCAAGGCCACGUACGAAGGCGUCGUCAAGGGCAGCCGGAACACAACCAUGCACACCCUCGGCGGCGUGAAUCUGAUGAAGAACUCGGCGGCCGAGCUCUGGGGCAUUGACCAGAACAUCUCGUACACGACCGGGUUCAGCUUCAUCCGUCAACUGGCGAUGCACCUGCGCAGCAGCAUCACCAACACCACCAAAGAAUCCUACAAGACCAUCUACAACUGGCAGUACACACACUCGCUCGACUUCUGGUCGCGCGUCCUGUCCCAGCACUGCGACGGCCUCGUCGAAGCGAAGGCCGGCAAGCAAUCCGCCCUGCGGCCGCUCAUCUACCCGGUCGUCCAGAUCACGCUGGGCGCCAUGCGCCUCAUCCCCACCGCCACCUACUUCCCGCUCCGCUUCCAGCUCACGCGCGCGCUCCUCCGCCUCUCCCGCGCCACCGGCACCUACAUCCCGCUCGCGCCCGCACUGCUCGAGGUGCUCAACGCCGCCGAGAUGCGCAAGCCGCCCAAGUCCAGCACGCUCAAGCAGCUCGACUUCGCGACCGCCAUCCGCGCGCCCAAAUCCUACCUCCGCACCCGCGUCUACCAGGACGGCGUCGGCGAGCAGGUCGCCGAGCUCCUCGCCGAGUUCUUCGUCCUGUGGACCAAGCACAUCGCCUUCCCGGAGCUCUCGGUGCCGGUCGUUGUCGCGCUGAAACGCUGGCUCAAGGCCGCCGGCGCCCGCUCCGGCGGCAACAAGAACGCCAAGGUCAACCAGAUGAUCCUCCUGCUCGUGCAGAAGGUCGAGGCCAACGCCCGCUGGAUCGAGGAGAAGCGGCUGAAUGUCACGUAUACGCCGCGCAACCGCGCCGAGGUCGAGUCCUUCCUCAAGGAGGUGGACUGGGAGGCGACGCCGCUGGGCGCGUUCGUCAAGACGCAGCGCAAGCUGAGGGAGGAGAAGGCCGCGAUUCUGGAGCAGGGACGGCGGGAGGAGGAGAAGCGGCGCGCGGAGGAGAAGGCGGCGGAUGAGGAUGAGAUGAUGGAGGAUGUGCGCAGCGAUAGUGAGGAUGAGGAAGAGGAUGACGAAGAGUCAUCUCCUAGCGACGAAGAGGAAGAGGAAGAGGAAGAAGAGGAGGAAGAAGAGGAGGAAGAAGAAUUAGAGGAAGAGUAG